AUGACACUGAUAUCACCUUACCAGAUUUCAAUGGUGCUUUUGCACACGGGUAAUUUCAACGGGGUAGCCAAUGUCAUUGUGUUUCCUCGAAGGAGUGGAAUACGGUAUAGGCAUCCUUUUGGGCAAGAACCCAGAGAAGUGACCGUGAUGUUGAGAUUUAGGCUUGAAUUUGAACACGUUGGUUGCUCUCGAGGCAUGGCAGUGGCCCAAUAUGAAGAGAAACAAGAACAACCAGAUUACUACAAUAAGAGACGUGUAAAAGGUGGCCACGAUGUGGUUGAAAGAGGUGGCUUUUGGGGUGGAAAGAGGAAGAAACAUGGGCUAAUAUAUGCCACGGAAUUGCCUAGGCAGUGCUCUUUCAAUGCCCUUCCUCAGCUCAUAAGCCCUUUAGGAUGGGGCAUGCCUUUGGAGCUCAGUGCUCUUGCCUGUCCCAGCAAUGCAUCAUUCAUCAUGCAUGCAAUGCAUUUUCCUAUCUCCUUCUUUUUCUCUAUGUCUCCACUUAACUUUUGGCUCUAUUGUGGAAACUUUUCAAUGCCAAAUGCAGGUUUCAAUUUGUCUAUAGGACUAUUCAAAUCCAGUUCAAAGCAGCAAGAAUUUUUUCAUCCUCGACCACCUGGCCAUGCACGACAACAGAAUAACGCCAAGGGUCAGUUUAUCACCAAGGGGUACUCGUCAAUGGUUCUUCUGUUGUGGUAUGUGCGUAUGUAA